CCAGUGUAUUUCUCCCUGUAUCAGUGCUUCAUGAACAAAUCAAGCUCCUCUGUUUCUCCCUCUAUGGGAACUCCUCUGAACGGUGAAGUCUCAGCCACCAAUAGGAAACCAGCAGGGGUAAUGAUAAAAGAAAGCUGUAAGAAAUCUGCAGCUUAUUCUUCACUUACCAUGCAGAAAGCAAAGGCCCUUCAAGCCAGUCUUGACCCAACCCAACCAAGCUUCAUUAAAUUCCUGAGCCGUACCUAUGCUACACUUGGAUUUUGGGUGGGCCUUCCACCGGAUUUCUGUAAAAUGUACUUACCCCCUCAUGAUCAUACAAUACAAUUGGAGGGUGACAAUGAGAAGCAGUAUGAGACCAAAUUCAUAGCAGAAAGGCAACGACUUUGUGGUGGAUGGAGAGGAUUCUCCCUUGCCCAUAACUUGCAAGAAGGUGAUGCAGUUGUCUUUCACUUGGUACAGCAAUACAAAUUCAAGGUCUACACAGUGAGAGCCAACAAUUCGGAUCAUAUGCAUGAAAGACAAUUAGAGACUGCAGCAAAGGAUGUUAAUGUAUGCCAAAAAAUGAAAACUGUGGUAGAGCAGACAGUCCAGACACCAUAUCUUGAAGAAAAUUGUCAAAAUGAUGGCCAGCCAGAAACGGAUUACGAGUUAGGGGAUGAAGGGUUUAUUUUUGAGAAUGAUAACGAGGAUUCCCCUGCAGAAACUGAGGAUGACAGUUCCACGGAAUUUUUUGUGGACUUGAAAAAUUUCAGCAUUGUUGUAAAUGGGUGCCCUGUGGACUCAAAAUUCUCCAUCUCAGCACGUCUGAAAUACUAUGAGCUGUGUUGUGCUCAGAAAUCAUAUCUACAUGAUGGAUUUGCUGAGAACAUUAACUAUACGUUGGCUGUUGGGAUCAUUUUGGAAACAGUUAGCAUAGCUGACAAUAUCAAAGCUUGUACUCUUUCCACACCUCUGACUGAUUUCAAGAGUUGGGACACCACAUUAUCAGGCUUUAUGCACUUGGGUAUGGACGUUGGUUUUCUGCAAGAGCGACUAAGCAAACUUUCAAGUCGUGCAAUUGAAUUUCAAGGUUCCCAUGAAGCAAGUAGGCAUUCUGAAAUCAUAACUGAAGAAAAUGAUUUGAACAGAGAAAUAGAAUCUGUUGAGAAAAAGCUUAUGGAACUAAAAGAAGCCAUGAUGGAUGUUCAAGUUGAAAGAGAGGCUCUUGAGACACAAUUCGCGACAUGCAACUUGGCUUUCUGCGAGAUGGCUACAAGGCCUUGGUGAUCUCACAAGUCUUC